UAAAAUGAGCAUUUUCCUGUAACUUAAUACAUGAACCAGGAAGUUUGUUUAAAAUAUUUUUUCAGACGACGAAAAUCUCUCAUCUUAUUGGAUAACCAACUUAUAAUAGUUAUUUACUCAAAUUUCUUUACUCAGCUUGAAAAUGUCACCAAAAGUAUUAAGUUAUCAGUUUUGUGUACACACUGGAUUAUUAUGUGCUUGUUCUGACAGUAAAUAUUUAUUUUAAUUUUUUACGAAACUACCCUGCUCCGAAAAUAAAGCAUUCAUUUUUAUAACCAUGCACAGAGACAGACAAGUUAAUUUAAAAUGGAUAGUUUAACAGUUCUGUUUCUCCUCAGUCUAAAUCUGCAUUUCUGUGUUGCAGAAUUGACAUUUCAGAUAUGUUAUGGCAAAGACAAUCCAGGAGCACUCUGGAAUGUAACACAUGAAAAGGAAAUGUGGAAAAAUGUAACAUUGUAUAAAAGUCUUAAUGGCACAAAUUGUGGAAUCGUUGAUUUACCGAGACUUUUUACCCGUGAAGAUUUGUCUUGUAUGAACCAUAGUUUUGUAAUUGAAAAAGUAGAACUCAGUUUUAAUUUGAUUUCAUCGAUUGAAAAUCAAACCUUUAAUUGUUUGAAGGAGCUCAAAUAUUUGGACCUUAGCCAUAAUAUGAUAAGUGAACUAAAAGGGGGAAUCUUUGAUGGUUUAGUGAACUUGGAGGUUGUGAAACUAAAUGACAAUAGGAUCCAUUCCAUGGAGGAUGGUGUAUUGACUGAUAAACACAAGCACAUCUCAUUCCUUGAUCUUAGCUGUAACAUGCUGACUGUAUUUGGGGGAAACAUUGACUUUUUUAAAAGAUAUUCUGCUAACUCCUGUAUAACAGUCAAUGUUACUCACAAUGCUGUAUCAAAAUUACAAUUGGAUUUAAACAGUUAUCAUAAAGUUCGUGACAGUGACUUCAUCUGCUAUUAUGUGUUUCUUCAGUUCAACAACAUAACUGAUUUGAAUCUUGGUUCAUUUGGAAUCUUUGUUGAUGCUUUAAGUAAAAAUGUAGCCAAAUCAUAUGAACACGAGGAGAUAGAUCUCCGUGACAAUCCUUUCAUCUGUGACUGCAACGUCCGUCUAUUUCAUAAAUUAAUGCAGUCGUUCAAAACAAUCUUCAAGCAAAGGUUUGAGUGGCUAGAACUAGAAAAACUAAAAUGCGCAUCUCCGGAAAAGCUUGAAGGAUCUUCCAUAGCUGAGCUCCCAUCUGAGGAAUUAUUUUGUCGAGUCUACAAACACUGCCCAUUUUCAUGCCAGUGUAUAUUUAAGGAGGAUUUUGACGAGCCGAGUAUAAAUUAUCUUCUCCCUGAGAAUACUGGGUACUUAAGAGUUCUAUGCGCUGGCCAAAAUCUGACAGCACUUCCCACUUUGAUCCCAUAUAGAUAUAAAGAUAAGCUACCAACACAAUUACUUCUCAAUUUAUCACAGAAUAGCAUUGAACAUCUUGUGCCUUUAGAUUACAUUGAACUUGUUACACAUUUGGAUUUGAGCCACAAUCGCAUCAAGGAUUUAUCUUUAUCGAUGAUGAAGAUUUUUUCUAACUUAUCUGUGCUGUACCUUAAUGGAAAUCAUCUUCAGUACAUGCCAGAAGAUAUGAGGACUAUUCAGUUUAGGAACAUGAAAAAAAUGCACCUAAAUGACAACAAAUUCAUAUGUGACUGUAGUAGCAUUUGGAUGGAAAAUUACUUUGCAGCCAUCAGAAACAAAUUGUCCGUCAUGCCAAAAUGUUAUAAUAAAGAUGCACUGAUAAAUGAUAUGAAAAUCAAUCAAACAUUUUGUUGGCUGAACAUGACUGCUCUUUUGUCAUGUACCAUUACACUAGGGAUUGUUCUUUUAAUUGGUGCACUGAUUGCAUACUACCUAUACCCUUUGGUAAAGAUAUUAUACUGCAAUAGAAUAAAUGACACGGCUGCUGAAAAUAUGGAUGAUGUAAAAUAUGAUGCUUAUGUUAUUUACCACCCAGAUGAUACAGAAUGGGUGAUUGAACACAUCAUCGGAUUAUUGGAACCUCAAUACAAACUUUGUAUUCCACAACGGGAUUUCAGACCUGAAAAUGAUGAACUUCUUGUAGACAUUAUCAUGAGAUCACUGGAAGAAAGUAGGCGAAGCAUUGUUGUCUUAACACAAACUUUCAUACGUGAUAAUGAAUGCAAGGCAGUAUUUGCACAAGCACAUGGUUAUUUUAUGAGAAAUCCAUCUCAAAAAAUGAUGCUUGUUGUCCAGGAUGAAGCUAUUUUGAAAGACAAUUGUUUGGAUGAUGGAAUUAAUCUGUAUAUUAAAACUUGUACAUAUCUAGCAUUUAGAAAACGCUUUUUCAAGAAAAGAAUUUUAAAUGAGAUGCCUAUUAAAAGUAUUCAAGAUUUUAAUCAUGCGUAAUCAAUCAAUAUCUUACAAGCAGACGAAUAUCAUUUGUCACACAGUUUGACAUGUUCUAGAAGAGACAUUGAAAAUUGAUGUUAGUAUUGAGAAAUUUUGAAGUAGAGUCAAUAAAGUUUGAUUCAAUGUAAAUAAUAGAUGGUGUUUGUUUUUUUAAACCCUUACAAAGAGCUG